CUACACAUGUAGCUAUGUACAUAUGACAAUAAAAGCCUUGAAUUGUAUUGUCUAUUAUAUUCUUUGCAAGCACUUGCAAAGAAUGAAGUCGCAGUCCGGAUUUGGCCCCCGGGCCUUGAGUUUGACACCCCUGAUUCUAGAGAAUUUUAACGGCUCUUAUCAUGGCUACCACUGAGGUACUUCCGGGUCAUUUCACUCCGUUAGGAAGGUUCCUAAAGUCAAACUGACAAUUCGACUGCAGCCUGGCCCUCAUCUAAUGUGACUACUGUAGAACCGUAAGUAGCCAAACUCUGCUUGUUUAGGUUUGUUUUGGUGAAAUACUUUUUCAAAAACAUAGAUUUGUGUCAGUGUGACUGUAAAAGGUGAAGUUUGACGUCUUCUUGUCCUUGUUUAUCGCGUUCCCUGAAAUCAUGGUGCAUUUAGGGUGCUUUGGAAAGCUCUGAAUUUCAAGCAACAUUAUUAUAUUUAUCGUUAUUGUAAACUCACAAGACAUCGCAAACUCACAAUAGCCUACUACGUUUUUGUUUUUACGAAGGUAACAUUUGUAGUCUACGUCUUAACAAUAAUUUGUAAUUCGACAUCGUUUUGACAACUUUGGCUACAGUGGGUUUCAAACUCUCAGCCCAUGUUUUUUAGUUAGCAACUAACUAGGCCUAAUUGAGGUGUGUUGAACUUGUUUUAUUCCCAGCAUAUGUACAAUUAGCUUAACUUGAGAAUAGAGUGGGUUAUUUUGCAAAAUCAACUGGAAAAGUAAAGAAGGAGAAUACUUAAAUAGCUUUUGUUGGUCGCAGAAUCAUUACAAGAGUUUUCUUUCCCCCUGUUAGAUAGUUUCUAACCCACAUAUUAAUUCCUCUUGUUCUGAUUUGAGAGGGAGUUUGUAUAGCAGCUGAUGGUUUAAAAUGUUUUUAAUUUGCACCAUUGUUACAUUGUAAUUCAGGAUAACACACAAUUAUUAGCCAUCACAACACCUUAUCAUGAUGUGCUCCCUCCUUUCCAUUAGGGAUGCCAGCGAUUAUUCGAUUUUUCGAAUAUUCGUUACAGUCUCCAUAAUCGAAAAUUAUUUUUUUGAAUUCGAUUUUAUUUAUAGAUUUUUGUGUUAUUACUUAUGUUUUUCUUUUUUUCCCUGGCUUAGUUUCAACCAAAAUAUAGACUAAUGCUGGCGACGAAUAAUCGAUUAAUAUUCGCCAGGGCUGUCCGAUUUUCGAAUUUGAUCAUGGUCAGUUUCUGGCAUCCCUACUUUCCAUAUUGGAAAAAGUCAAGUUGCAAUUGUGAGGACCACUAUGACACCAACUGAAAAAGAAAAGUAAAUCUACUUACCUUUUUGUUAAUAGACACAUACACUUUUUUGUUUUGAAUUUUGACCUUAAAAAGAGGAACAAAAAUACAUGUUUAUUUACAUUAAAAUGACAGCAGUCCCCUAAUAGAUGCUAUAUGUCUGUGUGGUUUGUACCUUGUGGCACGGUAAACAGUCCAUGCCAGGGUAUUCCUCCAGGUCCCCUGUAUGGAUGUUAAAACAGGCUCCAUGCCACGGGCAGCGCACUGUGUUGCCUGAAAUAAAUCCUGACCGCACAAUGACAGUGUUAGGAAAGAAAGCAAUUAUUUAAGAAGAAUAAAUAUACAACAUGUGUGAAAAGGCUGUAUUUUAAAAUGUACACUAGGGCUUUACAUAUAACUGUUGUGUCUGUCUAAAUGGCAACAUACAGCUUCCACAGAUGAAAGCAUCCCAUCCUCAAAGAGUCAUGUGUGAAUCAAGGGACAAUAGUGAAAUACUAAAUCUAUGUGGAUGUGCCUCUUUACCUUUGCUGAGUGGAGCUCCAUAGUGUGUACACUGGUGACCAAUGGCGCUGUAUCUGCCUUCAUUGCGUGUCAACAGCACACUGUGGUUUCCCACUUCCACCUCCAUCAUCCUGAGGUAACACACACACACACACACACACACACACACACACACUUAGGGGACCUUUUCCUGCUGAAACGUCUUUCUAAUGAAUUUUAAUGCAGGAAUGCUUUUACACUGUGGUAUUUGCACUCAUGCUUAAGUUAAAGGUGUGAUACAUUUUAUUUCCUCUGAAAGACAUAUAUAUAUAUAUAUAUAUAUAUAUAUAUAUAUUAUAAAAAACGGUUUUCUCCUCCUUACUGUCCAUCCUUCAGGUCCGACUCUAGACACACCACCUCCGUCAGCUCCUCUGAUGAGUCCUCUGGAUCAGAGUCCGGAAGCUCUUCACGGGCUGCUAACACACACAUGCAUGAAUAGACACACACAUGCACACACAUUUCAAAUAAGUUAUAACCGACUACAGUUUUAAAUGUAGUUUUCCCUUGAUAAAGAUCAUUACUUUCAUUUCAGACACCCAGUGAUUAGACUGCUGUUAAAUUAAGUGAAAGAUGGAUAAAAACACCUGACUGUUAUUGAAAUAAAUAGAUAUUGAGACAGUUUACUCACAUGUUUUGUUCCCAGACAUAUCUCUGAUUCAGCGUUAACCCCACGAAGAAACACAAACCUCCAGAGAAAUUCACAGUGACGCGGAUGCUCUGUUCAGAGAUGGUUUUUGUUUUGCAACAGUCCAAUUCAUUUCCUGCACAUCAGCUCAAUGAUGGGAUAGUAGAAGUCAGUUUCCACGGCAACCGGUCCAUCCCCAACCCUCAUCCCUUGAUCCUGGGAAACAAAGUGUAAAAAGUGGACGUUUCUAGGGGGUUUGAAAGCCUAAGACGAGAAAAAAUCAAGCAAAAAGUAACUUUUGGGACUCCGGUGAAUGAACAGUUGGUGUGAUGUCAGUGGUCAUGUUCAGCCCUGUUGUUGUUGUUGCAGAGAAAGGCAUCGCUGGUGCUUUGUGUUUCACAGCGGAAGCAAACAGAAAGGCUGACGAGGCAGCCGACACUGAAUGGACCGGCAACAAAGCAUAACUUACAAAACUAGAGGUAGCCGACUGUCAUUCACACAUCGUUUCAAGUUUCAAGAUUCAUCACUGCAAAGCUCAAGAUUUUAAAAUGAUUUACUUUUGUGCGUUACUGUGAAAUGGUGGAAAAAAAUAUAAUUUCUAACUUUAGUACCAGAAUUGAAAUAUUCAUUACAUGUUCUAAAGUUAAAAGUAAUGCAUUUAAAAGUAAUAUCGUCAAAGUAUAAAGUACCAAAAGUAAUAGCACACAUUUUGCCCAUCGACCCAUUUUGGAAAAAUGCACCAUUUAUUAUUAUUCAAUAACAAUAAUAAUAAUAAUAUAUACAAGUAAUAGAAUACAAAGUACAAUAUUUGCCUGUGACGAAUAAAUUAACCGGUAAUACUCAAAAAUAAAAAUAAAAUCCCAAAAUAAGAAGAAGGCGAACAGUACUUAAGUUACGCUUUAUGUCACAGGUCCCUUAGUUCAUUUUCUCAUUGCAUUAAUGAGUAAGUUAUGUAUAGCUUUUACAGUUAUUGCAGUGUCUUUGUUUAAUGGUUUGAUAUGAUAAUUGAUGGUCUAUUAGAUAACUGUUAAAUUAGAUGGCAUGGUUGCCUGGGGUUGCAGAAAUGGCCUUUUACGCAUGGAGACCUGUUUCUUAUUUUAGUCGUUUUGAGGCAUCUAUGUAUGUUUGUUUUAGAUUAGUGGAGCAAAUAAAUAGUUGGUAGGUUUUGUAUGUGUUGGGACAGGGAGCGAAUUGUGCCUUGAUGUCAUGUCGUUGUGUGACCGCGACCUGUGAUCAGAUUGUCACUUCAAGUGAGGGCAGUGUGUUAAAGGGCAGUGUGUGUUUGUGUGUGUUUGUGUGAAAGACUUCAGCAGCGUGUUUCUCUCCCUCUCCAAAGUGUGUUGCAGCUGAAAUAUGUCCUGAACACAUGAGGACCUGGGAUUUAAAGUGAACUAUAGACUCCAGGUUCUCGAUUAUGGAUUUAAAGUCAACACUUCUGGUAGUCGCAGGAUCUGUUUGUUCUUUCAAACUGCUGAACACGAUCCUAAGAUUCCUGCCAACACCGGAGCAGGCGCUGAACAAGUCGUGGAGGUGGAGGAACAUCAGCACCUCUCUAGCUCACAGCUCGCUGAGUGGAGCAUGGGCUGUUUUAUGCUUCUACCUUCAACCUCAGUUGUUGGAGGACCUAAUCUCCCGUCACUCCUUGCUCUCUCACAGUCUUGUAGCUGUGUCUACAGGUUAUUUUAUCCAUGACCUCUUGGACGUGGCCUUGAAUCGGCCAUGUAAACAGUCCUGGGAGGUGCUCCUCCACCACUCAGCGGUGCUGUCCUGUUUCGGUUUGGCCCUGACGUCCCGCCUCUACGUGGGUUACUGUGUGGUGUCGUUGCUGAUUGAGAUCAACUCGGUCUUCCUUCACAUCCGACAGCUCCUCCUCCUGUCAGGACGGAGGAACAGGACGGACACCACCACCCCUCGCCCGUCUGUGACCUACAGCGUGACCAGCUGGCUCACCCUGGCAACGAUGUUUGUGUUUCGUGUCUGCACGGUGGGCUGGAUGACCCGCUGGCUGGUAGCUCACAGUGAACACAUGCCUCGCUUCGUCCUGACGAUGGGAGCAACGGGCCUGAGCCUCAUCUCCAUCAUGAACGUGGUGCUGCUGUACAGACUGAUCAGGGCCGACUUCAUCAGCAACACACACAACACCAGCGGGGACCUUUAGAGGGAGACAGUUCUCUGAUCCAAAAUGACUCCAGUCCAGUUUUCUACCUCGUGACGGGCCUGACCACAGACUUAUUAUGUUCUUACUUAUAAUGUUCAUCAUUAUAGUAAAAAGUGAAGCAUAGCAUAUCACGUCUUUUGUGGAAUUAGACAUACAAAAUAAUCACACAAGAGCUGCUUUAAGCUCUAAUGUAGACUCAAAAACAAUUAUGCCUAAAAUGUUGACUUUUCAUCUAAUUUUAUUACAUAACUUCAGCAUUUCAUGUGAUGUUUUUCUUUGAGUGUGGAUUCAAUAAACCACUAAAUAACUUGAAUAACUUAAA